AUUUAAUGAUUAGUCGAUUUGAAGAUAAAAUUGCUUUGGGUCUGUCAAGAACACUUAAAGAUUAAGAAAAUAUGAUGCCAAAAUCAACAACAAUAAAAGAUGAAUAAAAGAUAUAACAAAUUCUUAAUGUGAAAUAAAAAGAAAUAGAGUAUAAAAUGAAUCAAGAGAAAGAAAGGUAGUUUUUAUAAAUAUUAUUAGAUUUAAACAAUAAUAUGAAUUGGAGAUAAAGAUAUUAAAAGAAGAUCUAGUUUACUAAUCUCAUGCAGCAGAGAUGGAAAAAGAAAAAUGUGUAAAAUUGUUGAAAGAUGAAAUCUAAGGUUUGUAAGAUGAAAUAUAAAAUAUUAAAAUCUAAAAUAUAGAAGAAAUCAGUAAUCUAAAGAGUAAAUAACAAAGAGAAUUAUAAUAGUAAAUAAGUGAGUUUUAGAGAGAAAAAUCUUAAUUAUUGGAAAGAAACGUAAAAGAAAUUAAAAAGAUGGAAUAAUUAAGAUGUUAAGAAUUAGAAUAAUGGAAAAAUAGAACAUUAAUGGAUAAAGAUCAAUCAUUAUAAUUAUUUGAAGAACAAAAGCAUAAGGAAAUUAAAUAAUUAACUGAGACUUUUACUUAUUAAUUAUAAUAAUAAUAAUAAGAAAAUGAAUAAUCGUUAAGAUUAUAAAAAACAUAAUACGAUUAGAAAUUACAAAAAAUAAGUGAUUAAUUAGAUAUUGAAAGAAGUAAUUGUGAAAUUUUAAGAAAAAGAUUAUAGGAAUAGAAAAAGUAAUUUGAUUUAGACAAUGAGGCUUUAAAAAAAGAGAAAUAAAUUAGAGUAGAACAAUUAUAAAUAGAAAUCUUUUAAGAAAAAUAAAAAUAUCAACAAUUGUAAUAAGAAAUGGAUUAGAUGAAAUUUAAUUUAGCUUAAAAAGAAUAAAAGUUAAUAGAGGAAAUAGAGUAAAAAGAAUAAGAACUGAGAAAUUAAUAUCAUGAUGACAUGAAUUAAUUAUAUUAAAGAUAAAUUGAAGUAGCUUAAAGUUUAGAACUUUAAUACAAAGAAUUAGAUGAAGCUGCUGAAAAGAAAUAUAAUAAAUUGAAAAGUUAAUAUGAAGAGCUUUAAUCAAUAAUGAGAGAUACUUUAGAUAAAUAAGAAAGAAAGCCUUUAAGACCUUUACAAUAAUAAAGAAGUAAGAAUAAUAUUAAUAGAUUUAGGAAUUGGUUCUAAAGACAGAUAGUAGGAAGAAGAAACAGGAUUAUAAAUGCUAAAUCUUUUAGAGUAAGCAUAAAGAAGAUCUUCAUAAAUGUCAAAUAGAAAAGAACUAAAAAAACCACCAUCUUGA